CUUUUCAGGAACCCCCUAAUUUGGAGCUAGAUUUCUUCCUUAAAUCUCAAUUAAAUAGGAUAUAUUUGGUAUCAUUUUCAAGGUAAUCAUCAGGGCAUCACGUUCGAGUGGUGAUAUAGGUGAUGGACAUUUUGUUGGAAUUUGGACAUGAGAUAUUAUAAGGGAACUCGCAGUACAUCAAAGCGUACUGCACAAGUUGACUCAGCUGAGCAACAAAAUCCUUCAAGUCCAGCUACAAAAGUGCCUGAAACUGAGGACUCACUCACUGAAGGAAAAACAACAAGUGGUGCUGAAACAAAAAAGAAUCUUGCACGAGGCAAGAAAAAAGUUGAUGGUGUCGAUAAUUCUCAACCCGACAGUUCCAGUAACAUAACAGUCCAAUCGCCAUCAUUUGAAGUGACAUCGGCUAUUGUAGUCAAUGUAUCAUCCCCCUUAACUGCAAAAGUAGACCUGAAUCAACUGGUUCAUAGCAUGGCAUCAAAAAAUCCAGUCUCCGGGGCCUCCCAGGUGAUGGCUUCAACCCGUAUGCAACAACAAUCGCCAAAUACAACUGCCCCUAAAGCAAUUGCCAAACCUCCAAAGAAGAGAAAGGGAGUUGACAUUUCCCAAGAUAACCCAGCUUCAUUCCCUGUUGCUAUGCCAACAGUCCCACCACCUGCUAAGAGGUUCCGUAUCGACCUCAGCCAAUGGAAGGGCCAUCGAGUUCUUGCAAAGAAACAAAACUUUUAUCAACCUGGUGUCAUCAAACAGAUUCAUGGAAACUGUGUCUCGGUUUUAUUUGAUGGUGCAACUGAGCCUGUCUACUUCAAUGAUGUCUUAGAUCUUGAAAGUAGAGAUAUCAUUGGUGAUAUGAGCCCUCCAGCAAACCAAGUCCAACCUGGGGCCAAAGUUUGUGUCAGAGUGAACCAAGAUGAAAAUGCUUUCUUUGUAGGAAAAGUAAUUGAGAAGAAAACAUCCCCAAUUCUCUACAGUGUGAUACUUGAUGACAAACCAGCAAUGAACUUGUGGUUGACCCGACCAAAUAUCCGUUUGCUUCAGACACCUUGGUUUGAAGAAUUAGAGGAGUUGACACCAGAAGUAACCCCACCCCCUACACAGAUGAUGUAUACCCCUCCUCCAGCAGCCACAAGCUCAGCAGAAGAUAAGAUACUUGUGUCACCUAACAAUCCUAAAAUGGAUGACAGUCGUGACUCUUCUGAUGAUGAGAUGAAAAUGGAAGAUGUAAGCUUUGGAUCGGAAGGUAUCUCUUCAAGGUCAGGCAGUACAACUCCUGCAUCAUCUGGCAAGGGACGUAGCUCUGUAGGUAGUAGUCAGGUAGCAAGAAAGCGUGAUGCAGGAAGUAGAAGUCGUAGUGCCCAGUCUUCAGGGAGCAGGGCUAGCACUCCACGAUCUCCUCUCACUGCCCAAAAGUACAAAAAAGGUGAUGUGGUAGAGACAAACAAUGGCAUAAGGAAGAAAUACAAUGGGAAGCAAUGGCGCCGAUUGUGUAGCAGGGAAGGAUGCAGUAAGGAGUCUCAGAGAAGAGGUUACUGUUCCCGUCAUUUGUCUAUGCGAGGUAAACUUCCUCGUUCAUCCCUCUCAUAUCCUGGUAAGGACCCUGAGGAUAAUUCAAGAGAUAGUGACCCAGAUAGGCAUUACCGGGAACGCUUGGACAUGGAUGAGGCAAUCGCUGCUAAUACACUUAUAUCCCUUGGGAACUCAAGUCGAUCAGGGACUCCAGUGUUCUCCCCUACGCCCCUCUCACCGGGUCACCACGCCCACUCCCCAUCACCAUUGAUGGUAUAUCAGCGUGGUGGAAGUGCAGUAGGGUUUACCCCCAUCUCCCCUCACCCACACAUUACCCCACAAGGUCACAUGGGUCUCCUUGGUUCCCCGAAUCAAAGAUGGAGCACCCCUAAAUCAGGACGAUCCUCCACAGAGCUGAUCUCCCCAGUAGGACCCAGGGGACAGCACAAUCUAGGUACGACACCAACAUUUCAGACACACCUCAACUUCAACACUCCAGGGCAGGCAUACAAGAACAAAGCUGCAAUGAAGGAGCCACUUAGAAGUGAGGGUGGAGAUUCGGGUAUUGAAAUACACACUCCAGGUACAACUCCUGUACAUGGCAUGCAACGAGGUCAGUUGAUAUCGCCUCAGAAGAUGGUGUCCCCGAACACCCACAAACUGCCACACCAAGGAGAAGGACACAUAAGAAGCAGAUCAAUCAGCGGUGACAAGAACCAACCUAAACUGAUACAGCGCCAUCUGCAGCAGCAGCAACAACAGCAGGUGUUGGUUGGACAAGUUCAUCAUGGACCCGAGACUGUUGCGUCUCUAAUGGCGAAACAGCAGCAGCAACAGCAACAAC